GUUUACCUGGAAAAAAUAAGAGGAAUAAAUAACGCUAAAAAAUUUUAACCACUAGAAAAAUAAAUAAUUAUUAUUUAUAAUAAUAAUAAUAACAACAACAAUAAUAAAUAUUUCUAGUGACAUUUAUAAUUCAACGCUCAGUAUAUAACUAAACUCAUUAUUUAUCAUUGUGUAAAUAUUUAAUUUUGAGAUAAUUUAAAUUUAAACAUUCAAGUUUAACUUGACAAGUAUUACAUUUAUGAGUUUACAAAUAUGUUAACCGCCAUCACGAUAUCACAAUAAAUACUUGUGUGUUACACUUUACUUGCAAGGUAUUAAUAUAAGAAUAAAUAAUACAUAUUUAAAGAAAAACUAGAUGUCACCUGUGUAAAGUGUUUUUAAUAAUUAUAUACUAUCCAAUAGAAGGAGUUACUUAAUUGUAUUUUGCAUUGGACUGGACUUGAUUAAUCAUAAAAGUUGUUAUGGUAUUUAUUAUCUGAUAUAAAUAAAAAUUGAUAUCAAAAAACAAGUAGUGUCAUAAAUAUUUAAUGGCAUUAUCAAUCACGUGUAGGUUGUUUGUAAGUAUACACGUGUUGUUGACAAAAAAUAAUAAUUAAAAAAUAAAAUAAUAGAUAUUUAAAAAUAGUGAGUGAGUAUGCUUUUGAUCAAUUGACACUUAUUCAAUAUCUAACGGAUAGAAUUUAAUUUAUUCUAUUCAUGUGACCAAACAGGUUAAAUUGGAUUAUACAACUAAGCGCUCGCCACCAAAAUGGAUGAAGAAUAAAAGAAGAAAGAGAGCAUUGAACUUUAUGUAUUUAAUUAAACGUGAAUGGUAUUUAUAUAUGUGUAUACAUACAUACAUAAAUAUAUAUUUCCGCGAAUGCUGUAAUAAUAAAAAUAAUGCACAUAAACAACACUGAAGACACUGAAGAGUAUCAAGCAUUGAGGAGUUACAUUGGUUCAUAAUGCCAACAGACAUCAGCAGAAACAGCAACAGCAGUCCAGGUGCAGUUAUAAUUAGAGCUAGCGGAUAGUUCAAGUGCGAAGGGGCCAUAGCACGAGUAAACCCAGCUGAAGUGAAGCAUUCGUGUGUUGAGAUCUCGAGUCAGCUCUCUUACUCUUUACUUAACUCAAAGUUUGCUUUAACAACUAGAGAAGAUAUCUAGCAACGACGUGGGCAAUUAUUGCGGUUUCUACUCGAUCAGUAUCGUAAAUCAUGUCAGAUGAGAUUGGUACCGGUCGAUCGAUGUUUAUGUGCUCGAGUAUUAAAAUAUUCUAAACAAUUAAAUUUAUACGUAUUUAUAUUUACAGUAAUUAAUAUUAAUUACUAGAUUUUUUUAAUUGUUUUGAUACAUUUAAUGAUAAUAAAUAGAUAAUAUAAUUAAAAUGACAAGCACGUGUGACUUGAGACAAGAGGAAUCAUCGUCAGUUGUUAUUAAAAGCGACUUGGGACGUGCUACGAGGAUGGCAAGAUUAAAAUUUCUCGUUGGAUUAAAUGCUACUGAUGAUGAUGAUACUCCGAAAGAUAACAUCAAUCAUGAGCGAGACAACCUUCCAAAUGUAAAUAAACAACUCGAAAGUAUUGGUACGUACAGCAACGUUAAUUCAAGUGACGGAGAUACUAACAAAGUUACUAAUGAUUAUGAUGAUGUAUUGGUUAAAGAUUAUCACGGUGAAGUACUAUACCAAAAUAACGUCGAAGCCUUGAAUAGUUUCAGUCAGUUAUGUACACAGUCGUUAGAUACAGCGCCUAGUAGUUGUAGUGUUACGUGCCCGAACAGUCCAACCAAGUCAAGUAAUUCGAGUAGUACUAUUGAUACAACUACAGUAAUGAGUAGUUGUGAAGGGGUUAGGAGACGACACAGUACUAGUGUUGAAAUUACUGCAUUGACUAAUGUUAAAACUGGACCAGAUGGUAUGCCGGUUAUAAGUUUUAGUUUUUUACACACCGAUGACGUUGAUCCUGGAGUGAGUGAUAAUAAUAUAAAUAAGAAAGAUAAUUUAAAUUUUCAUGGGUCAUGUGAUGUGUAUGAUUUUCCAAAAACACGUGGAUUAGGAGGUUAUGAUUCUAUUGGCAAAUCGGAGCAAGGAUUAUACGAGGACUUUCCAAAAACACGUGGAUUAGGAGGUUAUGAUUCUAUUGGCAAAUCGGAGCAAGGAUUAUACGAGGAUUUUGUAAACACAAGUACACGUAAGUCUUUAGAUUUAGAUUCUCUGUACGAUUUUCCAAAAACACGUCGCUUGAGUGUCCGAAGAAUAAAACUAAUGAGAAAUAAAGAUUUUAAGAUGGGCGGAGACGAGGAUAAUGACGACCGAGUGUACGAAAUUCCGAGGUCAAAAGAUGAUCUUGACCUUAAAAAGGAUAAAUAUUUAACUGACUCACAAAAAAAGUCUUUUCAAUCUUUGAACAUCGAGAUUAUGGAAACCGCUGUGGUUCCUAUUCCUAUCACUGCGGAGGGUUCAUACUCGGAUCCAGAGUGUCCGAAAGAAAGUUUGAAGAGUCUGGAGAAACGUAGAAAGCAUCGUCGGCUAGGUAAAGCCUGGACUCGCAUGCGAUCGUGGCUGCGUGAUGAGAAAUUAAAGCUCGGCGAAGUUGUUCAGAGGCACGCUAAACUCCAAGCUAUCGGUGUUAUUCGUGCAAAGCAAAGUGAGGAUGAUGAUGAUAAUGAUAUUAACAGCAAUAUCAGUAAAGGCAAAGGAGGUAACCGGUGUGGGUUUUAUGACCUAGUAGCAGCGCGUAACCGGGAAUUUGGUUCGGUCGUUGAGGAACAGGAGGAAGGUCAGGUCGCUUCUAUUGCUACAGUAUCUCAUACUCAUGAUAUUAAAAGGCCAGAUUGUGAGUAUGGUGGUGAUCAUGUAGAGGAUGAGGAUCAUGUGGAUGAGAAUUCUCACGACCUACAGACCCGGAAGGCUUUAGAAUGUUGUCAAGUUGAGAAAGUGAAGACGACGGGCAAGCCGGAAAUGAUGAGCGGAAAACUACGGAAGAGGAUUGCCAGCUCGGAGAAUGUCAGUAGGAUAAAGCUCAAGCUGACUCCAGUAUCUUUUAGCCUCGACAAAUUGUGUAACGACGAUGAUGAUAAUAAUAAUAUUAAUCAUAAUAAUAAUAACAAUAUUAAUAAUGAUAAUGACGAAGAUGAUAAUGAUGAUGAUGGCGGUAAUCGUCGUAAAGAUGAUUGUGGUGAUGGAGAUCAGGGGCUCAAGAAAAGACACAGAUUCGAAGACAAGGAAUUGCGAUCACACGUGGGGAAAGGUGGUUUAAUCAAGCGGCGAAUGCUCGGGUCAAUAAGAGGGUUAAUGGCAUCAACUCAUCUACUGCACCAGCAUGAUACUGAAGAGACUGGUCCCGGUGGCUUUGAAGACAUACGGAGAUAUGUUAAACAAGGCGGAGACUUUUGCAAAGAACUCGCAGCUAUUCUUCAUGAAAGAGCUGAAUUAGAAGCUUCCUACGCAAAAGGACUGUCCAAAUUAAGUAGCAAGUUAACGAAAGCCUGUUCAAAAGACCAAGGUGGAAACAGCUCUGGAGGUGUUAAUGAGGCGUGGAGAAAUGUCGGUGAAGAGAUGGAGGCUGCUGCUGAAGCUCACCGCGCUUGGGGAAUCGCUCUAAGUGAACAACUGGCAAAACCAUUGAGGGUGGGUGUAGCAGAGGCUCAAGGCCGUUCCCGUAAGGCCAUCGAGAGUUCAGUGGACAAGGCGUCGAAAUCGCUGCAGGAAUGGCGUGGAGUAGCGGCUAAAAGUAAGAAGCAGAGUUUUGCGUGUGCUCGGGAAAAUGAGCGGCUUCAAGAUUUGGCUCGGAUUCAAUCGAUUAGCCAAAGCCAGCAGAACAAUAACAAGACAUCGAGCCAUCAUAUGACCGAGAAAGAGGUCAAUAAACUUGAGAAUAGACGGAGAAAGGCCGAGGACUCGUCACGUAGAGCCGAUACCGAGUUCUACACUGUCAGCGUGAGAGCUGAGAGAGCGAGACUCGAGUACGAGAGCACUGUGAGAAAGGGCGCCAAGCAGAUGGAGUUACUCGAGGAAGAGAGGCUUAGUGCUCUCAAGGAUCUAGCUAAUGUUUAUUUGGCGCAUUUUCAAGCACUUGCUCCUCGUCUUCAACAGAGCGCUGACCGUCUAGCAACGCCAGUACGUAACUGUAGUGUUGCCCAAGAUAUUGAUAUCCUGAGAAAUUUAAUACGGCGUAUGGACAGUAACGAUGCGUCAAGUGUUGACCAGCUGCUUCCUGACUUUUACGCUGAGCACGUGACCUUGGCGAUGAAUCGUGAGCGACGAAAGCAAGCACUUGUGAGAGUGAUGCAUUUAAUAAGACAGGAUUUGGAGAGAGAAAGACGAGGGAGAGAAGGUCUGGAGACACUCCACCGUGCAUUUAUUCAAACACCUGCAUUCGCUGCCGACGAAAGUACUCAAAAUGUCACGGACAAAUUGCAUCACAUGCGUUCAAUGUUGACGUAUUUGGAGGCUGCUAGGUAUAAAGUUGCUGGCGCACUUGUUGAAGUUGAAGGUGGUAAAAGAGGUAAACAUCCUCUUGCUGAGCACAUUCUUGUAUCUCGCGACAAGCAGGGUCUUCAGCAGAGUGUUCUUAAGAUCCCCGCGUGGGCUAAAAAUGAAGUAUUCCAAUUUCCAGACGUUGAUGAGGAUCUUGUUGAUGAUAUUCAUUUGACUAAAGACGCCGAAAAUGAACGGCACCAGUGGAUCGAUCGCACUGCUGGAGACGGUAACUCGGAAAAUCCUCCGGACGAAGAGGACUUUAGUGAUUUUGAUGAAUUCAGCAGCCAGUCUGAAGAUAAUAACAAUCAGGAUGUUGACGUUUCUGAUAUGGGAGAUAAUAAACAUGAUCAGCUUGAGCAGUGUCGUGCUAUUUAUCAGUACGCGGCUAAUCUUAAUGAUGAAUUGAGCCUUACACCGGGUGAUUUGAUUACUAUACAUGAGAAACAACCGGACGGAUGGUGGAUUGGCGAGUGUGCGGGUAGAACGGGAAUAUUUCCUGCUACUUAUGUUCAAGUUAUCCGUUGAAUUGACUUUAAGCUGGGCUUAAUGACAGUAAUGCCUUCACAAGUGCCAAUUCCAUAUGAUUGAUCUAUUAUUUACACUUAAAUAUCCAUUUAAUCUUGUUUAUUAUUUUUUAAUUAAUUUCAAUCAUUAAGUGGCUAAUUAGUCGAUUAUAUGUAUUUUUAUUGUUGAAUUUUUCUUUUAUUAAUUCAUUCAUUCGUUUAAAAUCAUCGAGUAAUUGUUAAUAAGAAUAAGAAAUUGUUUAUAUUAUAUUUUUAAUUUGAAAAAGCGCUACCAAAUAAUGCACUUGUAUAUAACAUUUAAUCAUUUUUUAAUUGUAAAUAAAUAUCAUUUUUGAUUAUUAUUAAAAU